UUAUUGGAUGCGAAGACAGUUCAGAUUAGCUGGGUUAUAGUUGUGGUGAUGACGUCUGUUCUUGUCCCUCUCUGGUGCAAGCGAACUACUAUUUGUGUCUCAUCGCCCUCCUCCCACUCGAUGCUGCUAACUCGACGCUACUAUUCCACCACCAGUCGACGGCCGCUCGCGUUCUCCGAUACAACUGCGAAGCGGCCUCAACGCGAAUAUAUAUCGCCGGUUAAUCAAAACAUGACUAUUAUUUUAAAUCAUAACUUAUAAUAUUACCGAAAAAACGUACAAAUACUUAAUAAAUAGUUAUUAAUUAAAAAAACCGAAAUUGUUCUGAAUGUAUUUUAUAAAUUGUAGUCGAAUAAGAUUCACACAAAAGUUUUAUUUGGUGUUAAAGUGUACAAGUAAUUAAUGUUUACGUUAGUUUCCCACUAACACAGUGAUACGUAUGAAUUAAUUGCAGCCACAAAGUUAAAUGAAGCAAGAUAUAAUCCGUAUUAGCGGAGGAUUUGAUGCCGCCAGCGAAUAAGGCUUGAUCCCCCAAUCGCACAAUCACAAUACCAAAUGGAGAACAAAAAGCAGAUGCCCGCUACGCAGCAGCCGCUGAUGCAGCAGCACUUAAUGGCGCAACACGUGCAUCCCGAUCAAAUCUACAACCAGCAUCACCCUCCUAUCGCGACCCAUCUGUCUUCCCCGCAACCUGGUCAGCUCCCACCAAAUGGCGUCAUGCACCAGCUCCUGCAAAGCCAAUAUCACUCCAACAUAGAUGCUCGUUCGCCUCUUCUUGAAAACAGACACGAGUUGUACGGAACUGGUUACAAUCAGGAUUAUGGUAGGCAAUAUGGAGUUAAUGAUAAUUACAAUUACCCACAAUCACCUCCUAGGUUAGAACGAACAGAAUUACACACUGACCAUAAUGUAAAUAACGAAAUACUACACAAUAUUCCUAAAGGAUAUAACGCUGAAGUAUAUCAAGACUAUUUAAAACGUAACCCACCGAAAGAUACCAACCAAAUAUACCAAAAUCACCAACCUAUGUAUCGACCCAAUUCAAAUCAGUACGGCUCUAAACCGUACCUGCCAUAUUCAAGUCGAAUAGGACCCCAUAGUAAUACAGAGCUAUUACGAAGACAGUACAACGAAAUCCAGCAAAUGAAGUUGCAACAGCAACUGCACUACCAAAAUCAAGCGCAAAUGCAUCAGCAACAGAAGUUCGCUGAGAGGCAGAUGCUACUCCAACAAAUUCAUGGCGUUCAACCACCUCCGAACUUGCAAAAUAGUAUAUACUCUGAUAGCUCUUAUAGAGACUUAGAUAGGUAUAGUAGUAAAAAUGAUUUCAAGGAGUAUAGUAGUACCGACAUACAGAAAGAUAUUGAUAGGUACGCGAAAAAUAAUGAAUUCAGAGAAAAUGAUAAACAAAACAGGCAAUACCCCGACCAGCAAUGGCAGGCCAAUCAGCAAACCGAUUCUAGAGAGCCAGAAAGAUAUAGACGACAAUCAGAAGGCGACAAAGCAAAGAGCCAGUCUCCACCCUCUGAUCAAAGCCAAAAGAGUAAUGUUGGUAUCGUUUCACCUAUGAAAUCCAGCGAGUCCAGUAGUCCAAGUGUAAAAUCGCCUUCUUCAGAAAGCAGAAGGAGUAGCGGUGGGACGCAGGCUUUACGGUCGCCGAUAGCACACCGAUUGCCUUCUGCCCCAGUAACCAUGGCCGGUAUUCUGUACAAGCAGGGGUCGGACGGACUAAAAGUUUGGAGAAAGAGGUGGUUUGUCUUGUCGGAAUACUGCUUAUUUUAUUACAAAAGUCACGAUGAAGAGAAGCUCCUAGGAUCUGUGCUUCUCCCUUCAUAUAAAGUAUCAGCCUGUACCACCGAGGAUAAAGUACUGCGGAAAUUCGCUUUCAAGCUAGAGCAUGCGAAUAUGCGUACUUAUAUACUCUGCGCUCCUGACCAGGAGGCCAUGAUGAAGUGGGUGAAGGCGCUGACCAUGGCGGCGCUCAUGCAGAGCCCCAAUGACCAGCCACAAAAGCAGAGCGAACGGGCAGCUGCAAAAACAGAGGAGGAUGAAGUUCCUGGGCCCACUUAUGCCAAUGCUCCACCAAAGCCACGACGCUCAAAUGAAGGAUACAACUCGCCGAGUUCUGAUAUAUAUGAUCCAAACUACGACCUACUCAAACAGCCAGCAUCACACUACAGCCAAGGCACUAGUCACACACGCUACCAGGAACACAACUACCCGAGCAGUCCAAAUCAAGAGAGCAUAUACACUCGGAGCCCACAGUCGCCCCCGGCGCCGCCGCAGUACCCGACGAAACGACCAUACGACACCCACCACCUGUCUCUGCCUCUGACAAACACCGUUACCGACAGAUUAGAAAACAAUCAACCUAGCACCUCAACAUCCAUGUAUAAGACCACACCUAAUUCUCCUUACUUUGAUACUAGGACCAGAACGCAACAAGAGCCUAAACAAGAGCAAAUAUACGAUCGACAGCCCCAGUCUAAUCCUUUCCUGCAAGAUACGACACCGCAAACAGAAAGUUCUAGAGACUUUGAUGUACAAAAUAAGAAUAGUCGUAAUUAUGAACAAGAAAGGGCCCCAUCGAAAACAAAUGAUACGUACCCAGAAACGCGAUUAAAUAGUUCAAAUGUGGAUAUGGGGCAAUAUAGUCGAGAUGUUUAUGGAGAGUUGAAUGCAAGACCCAGUAGGUCAGGAAGUGCAAUGAAUGAACGCUUAUUAAUAGAGAGGCGAACACCCGAUGCAUACGGCCGGUCUACCACUAUGUCCGCAUACAGUAAAGAUAAAGUCAGUGACUACGAAGACGUGUAUGCUACAUAUGCUACCGAAAAUGAUUAUGGUCAAAGUUAUGCUAAGUCUCCAAAUAUCUUGCGAGAUGCGUCAAAUUUAUCUAGUCAACCCCAGCCGCAAAUCCAAGACCCUAUUGGAAAUUAUACUCAAGAAAAAUCUUUUAGCGGCCCUUCAGUCUUACGUAGGAAAAAAAUGCAAUCGAGUGGGAUCCAGCCCCAGAUGCCAAGACCCCAUAGCGCAGACUUUCUUGAAUAUGAGUCAAAGAAUGAAAUGCUGAAUAGAUCCGUGGCCAACAGAACUGCCGGUAAUUUACCGAGACAGCCACAAAGGCCUAAAUCUAGUUUAGAUAUUAACUCGUCGUAUGACCCUAGUUCAGAUAGGUAUUAUUCAGAAGAAAGUUACGCGGAAAAAAUGCGCCAAAGUGCUCAAUAUUUACAGCAAGGGUUAGGACCCCGAAACAUCCAAAUUCCUUUAGCUAAAUAUGCGAGUGGCUUGGCAGAAAAACAACUGCAUUCUCCAUACUCACACACCACGAACAAUAAUUAUGAAACAGAAUUUGGAAGUCCUAGGAAUAAUGGUGACAACUUAAGUAACCAUUUGAAAUACAACGAAGCGUUGAAUUCAAACUGGACGUUAAAGAAUAAAGAUCCUAAAGAAUACCUCAAUAGAAGUGGAAGUGUAAUGAGUGAUGGCUCUAACAUAAGUGGCUACGCGAAGGGUAUUAGUAGAGUGGAUACAAACGUUGAAGGAUUUAUGAGAUCCGCAAGUGCACGAUUACCCUCAACAGGACCUGAACGAGAGGGCGAAAAGAAAGUACAACAGCGAGAAGAAUCAAUGAAGCGAUUACUGGAAUGGAAACAGCGAAUGUUACAGUCACCUUUAACACGGAAAAGUACUCCAGCCACUAUCUCUCUCGCCCGAUCUCUAAAUCAGAGUCGGCAGUCGUUAAAAGACUAUAAAUCGAAGACCUACGCUAAUGCGUCAUAUAACAGCUAUUCUUCCGAUGAUGAAGAAGACACAUCGGGUACUGAACUGCAAAAACUGAGAAAUAUGCAGGCAGGAAGGUCCCAAAAAGAAAAUCUUAUAAGUCCCAUCGUAGCUGAGCCUAUAUCCCCGCACGCACCCCUGACCGUAAAAGCAACUGGGCUUCUAGGAGAAAAUGCCGAAGAAAAUAUUAACGCAAAAACAACAGAAAAUGAAUAUGAAAAUGUUCGUACUAUAUCGACCCCGGAAGUUGUCACACAAUGUGAGAAUAAUAUUUCUUUAAGCAAUAAUGAAGAUACUAGACAUGCUGUUGAUAUAUUAGACAUUGAAGCAAGUGAUAAACCUGAUGAAGAAGAUGGUUACGAGACACAUGAGAGUGAGGCGGAAUCUGAAACACAAAUUGAGUAUACCGAUAAUGAUUUAGACGAGGUACUAUUAGAAGCAGAGGUUGAGAAGGUUGAUGAUGAGAAAUGUAAUGAUAAAAAUACAAAAAAUGUACUUGACGAGAAUGAGUCAACUAUGUCUAAAGAAAACUGUCAAAAUAAGUCUGAAACUCCACCUAUACAAACUAUAGGUGAAGAGCAUUAUUUGCCAAUGAGUCCACGGAAGGUGUCCACUGUGGAACCUGCGCAUAAAGUUAUUAUUCAAAACUUGAGCGUUUUUGAUCAGACAAUGCCUCAAUGCUAUGAGGAUAAUCCGUAUGUUGAAAUGAACUUGGGGAACGACGAUGAUGAUUUGCAAACAUACGAGGUUGUUUGCGUUAAUAAUGGUAGAGUUGAACCUGUAUACAUGGAAUUGACGAACGUUUUAGCGAAUGAAACAAAUUCCUCUGAUACAACUACAGAUACGGUGACAGUGAGAAGAGCUUCGUUAGAUACUGCAUCUAAUUUUGCUGAUACCAAAGAUCACACAUUGAAAAGGGUUUCAAAAGCCGAUAAAUUACUAAAAGAAUCGUUAAAGUCUGGGGAUAAACAAAAUUAUUGCUCAGAUGCAGACGAUGAAGCGUCGAAAGAAAUAUCAUUAGACAGCCCUUUCAGUAGAUUCAGUAUAUCAGAUACAUUUAGACCCGCUUCGUAUUAUUUGAGUAGUAGCAGUAGUAACAUAUUAGAUCCUCAAGAUAGUUCUGAUAGCGAAAUAUUUCCGCCGCCACCAGUUCCAAAUUCAUCUCCUCCGUGCGAUGAGCUAUCCGAAGAAGCUCUGUCAAAAUACAUUUUGGAUAAAUUAGAUCAGUCAGAUAUGUCUCAAGACAAUUCAAUACUAAAAAUGUUGACCAGUGAAAAUCAAAAAAUGAACACAGCGAAGAGAAGGACAACGUCUUUAAUGAUAUAUGGAAGUCGAACCUCUAUUCAUGACACACUCUCUAGGGGUGAGAAAGCGCGAAGUUGCAGGGCUAGCUUGACACUUGAGAGAAAUAAAGCAAAUGAUUCUCAAAGUAAUGUUUUAAGAAAUUCAAUACUUGAACGACAAAAUUCUAGUAGUAUAGAAUCCGACUCCCUAAAAAGCUACAAUGCCGACAGAGGCUCGUCAAGAUUAUCAUUAGAAUCUGAUAUUAGUAGCAAAUUUGAAAUGACACCAUCAAAUAAUUCAUCAGAAGUUGCAAGUUUAAAUGGAAGUGAAUCUGCAAUAGAAUUACGGCAUUCUAAUUCGUACAGAGAUUUAGAAAUAAUGAUGAAAAGAAGACCUCUAUCAGAUGAUUCGUUAUUUGAAUUAGAAGGACCUGGAAUACACACUCAUAAUGAAUGCGCAUCAAAUAUAGAUUUAGAUCGAUACUUAGAUAAUUUGCAACCUAGUCCCAGUAAUUGUAGUUUUAGCAACGGUAAUAAUCGAAGUUGUUCGUUGAAUAAUACGGAUGAGCAGUGCAAUAUUAGUAAAGAUAACCUCAAUCAAGUAGUUAACUUACCAAGUAGACUACAUACACGAUGUUCCAGUACACCAGUGGCUAGUACGAACAAAAAAUGUCAUAUGCAUUUGUUGGAUACUCAUACUUCGUGUAGCUCAGAGGAGAUGCCGAAAUCCCAAAUAUCCUAUUACUGCAAAGAUUACGACGAGGAAAAAACUCUUGCCAAAAAUUUGAAUAAAGAUGUGUCAUGUGAUAAAAUAAAGGACUUUGAAUGUGAGAAACUACCACUAAUGGUGGGGGUGGAUACUAACGCUUCCUCUAGUACUACUGGUUUUCAUAGUAGAGAAAGCUCUACGGAACACAGUGCUCCUUACUACUAUUCAGACCUCUCUUCUCAGGAGCACAUUAACGUACUUCCAACAUCUCAUUACUUAAAAAAUACUAAUCUCCAUCGGAAGCUAAAUAAUCAACGCCGAAGAGGUCCCCUUCACAAGAAAAACGAAAUUUCACAUAUACAUAAUCCUAUACGCAAAGGUCAAGCAUUUGUCGCUGAUCACAAUUUUGAAUUAGCAGCAACAGCAAGAAGUGUGUCCGUUGAAUUUUUAAGUGCAGCAGAUAAAGACCCUGAAAUAGAUUUAAAGAAUAUUUAUGAAUCGUCAGGUGGAAAACAUUCUAAAAUUCCGGAAUCGUUAUCAUUGAUGUCUGAAAUAAGCUGUAAAAGAAUUUCCGGUAACAACGUUUUGGAUAGUUCUUCUCCAGAGUCCAAUAAUGAAAAUCAUAGCACUUUAAACAUAAGUUCUCCAGUACAAGUUUCAACUGCGAGUAUGUCGUCACACUGCAGUGGUACAUCUUCUAAUACAGUUUAUUAUGAUGCAGAGGCAGAAGCGAAUGCUUAUGAAAAUAUCAUGUGCCAAGGAGAAAAACACUGGGAAGAAGAUUCUUUAUGGAGGGAUAACUUAAGAAGAGUAUCACACAGACAUGCUAGAUCCAUGGAUGACUUGGAUACGGUUACAACGGAAUCAACUUUAACGCCUACCGGACGAACUAGUGUCGACGUUUGCGCCAUGAAUAGUAUUAAACGAAUAAAAAGAGAUGGAGUCAAAAAAAUAAGUCGUAAUGUGACCUAUGUUAACUGUGAUAUUCAAAACCAAGUUAUAAGGCGUAGAGAAAAUAAUAUUAAUAAUAUUUGUCUUGAGGAGCAAGAUAAAGUUGGUGAUAACGAUGUGUAUGUUAGUUUGGCGCAAAAUACUGGCACGUCGUCACUAGAACCGUCCGACGAAGGAGUUUAUGAACAACUCUCUGUGGAAUCAUUAAGUAACCUACUUACAUCUCCAAAGACCGUUAGUUGUAAGGUUGCCAGUAAGGGUAAAAAGAAGUUUGAGAUUGAUAGGGAAAAGCUUCGGCAAUGGGAUUUAAUGUCAAGUGGGCUUAUGAAAGGCGGGAUGGGUCGUGUGCGGGGAGUGGGCGGGCGCGCGGGCGCAGGGGACGCGCUGUGUAGCACGGACAGUGGGGCUGACAGUGCAAGCAAUGAAGGUAUCCUCUAGCACUCUGCUCCCAAAUGGUACCUUAUCUUCAAUGACAAUCACUGGCAAUAAUAUGGAAUCGGGAACAAAUAAUUCGAAUCAACAAACGUUGUCCAAAAAAGCUUUCCUCGGAAGUAAUACAUCUAUUGGAAGAAGUAAUAGAGAUAGUAAUAUACC